AUGGCUUCUCAUCUAGCCAACAUCUUUGGUACGGAACAGGAUCGAGUGAAUUGCUCCUUCUACUUGAAGAUAGGAGCUUGUAGACAUGGUGAUAGAUGCUCUAGAAAACACAUCAAACCUCAAUUCUCUCAAACCAUCCUCCUUCCCAACGUAUACAACAAUCCCGGACAUACACCAGAAGGUCAGCAUAUGACACCGGAGCAGCUACAGGCGAACUUUGACACUUUUUAUGAGGAUUUCUACAUUGAAUUAGCGAAAUACGGCCAUUUACUGGAAAUGCACGUAUGUGACAACGUUGGAGAUCACUUGUUAGGAAACGUAUAUGCCAGAUACGAGUGGGAAGCGGAAGCUGCCAAAGCGGUUCAGGCGUUGAACGACAGGUGGUACGCAAUGAGACCAUUACAUUGCGAGUUGAGUCCUGUCACAGAUUUCAGGGAGAGUUGUUGCAGACAGAAUGAGAUGGGUGAAUGUAAACGUGAAGGUUUCUGCAACUUCAUGCAUCUCUGUCACCCCUCAAAAUCAUUAGUCAAAUCGCUCGAAGCAUCCCAACGUUUAUCGAGAAAGAAGAAGUCCGAGAAUGGUGGUGCGGUAGAGGAGAAUGGUGGUAUGGGAUGGGUACCCGGUGGUGGUGGUGGUGGUGAGCCUAGAGAUGAUGGUCCAGGCGGAUGGCAACCUCGAGGAAGGGAAGAUGGUGAUUUAGGUUGGGUACCCAGUAGAAGGGAUGAUGAUAGGUAUUAA